AUGAUGAUGCCGCCACCCCCACAUAUGGGAGUGCAGCAGCAGCAACAGCAGCAAGGGGCAGGGGGUAGCGCCGGAAGUUCAUCAGGAGCCCCUGAUCUGCUGUCUACUUUAAAGCCUUGCGCCCUGCCUGAGGACAUGCCGCUUCCAGUGAGCAGCAGAAAAGCGGCGGCAGCAGCAGCAGCGGCAGCAGAUAAUGAUGAGGACGAUACUGGCGGGUUUGACUGGAGGGGCCUCGCCCAGCAGACGCAGCAGCACCAGGAACCGAAGCAGCAGCAGCACAGCAACGCCUCAGAGGCUGUCGCUGCAGCGUCUCAGCGCAUAGCGCUCAUCACGGGGAAUGCUGCUGCUACUGCUGCAGCUGCAGCCGGGGCAGCCGUAGCGGCAGCAGCAACGGCAGCAACUGAAGCAGCACGUCAGAAAAAUGGAGCGGAGCGCGCAGGACCCCAAGACGGGACAGACGCACUUGGGCGUCGGGUGUGGGACAAGGAGUACUACUCUGAGAAGGCUCGGGAGAAGGCACUGACAGGUGUAGAUGCCAUUUUGGAGCUUCUCCCGAAGCCGAAAGAGAAGCCUAAGGCUCCCCCCUUGCCGCCUUGCGGCUAUCGUCAGCAGCUGCAGCAGAGGACCUUCAAACUCGAUUUUGAGAGGGAGGUGGGCCGCACCAAGAUGGUCACGCUACAGACGCCUAGGAUGCAGCAGGGAGGGUUUUGGUGUGACAUUUGUGAAUGUCUCUGUAAGGACUCUCAAGCUUACCUCGACCACAUCAACGGCCGGAACCACAACCGCCUUUUAGGGAUGAGUAUGCGUGUGGAGAGGGUCCCCUUGGCAAAGGUAAAGGCGAAGCUGCAGGCGUUGCGGCAGAGUCAGGGCACUGCAGCAGAGCCAGCAGAGAAGACAAAGGCAGAGAGCGGCCCCGUCAAAAUUGGGGGCGCCCCUUACGGGGCAGAAGGAGGGGCACCUGAGGCAGAGGACGAGUUCGACAGGGUCAAGAGGCGCAUAGAGGAACUGCAGAGGGAGCAAGAACUGAAAAAACAGAGAAAGAAGGAGAGAAAGAAGGCAGCAGCUGCAGCGGCUGCAGCUGGAGGCGGAAGUUCAAGUACUGUGGGGACAGUAAAGGCCGCAGUCAAAUCAGCAGCAGCGGACGAAACAGUAUCCAACCCGGAUGCUGCAGCUCUAGCAGCCAUGGGGUUACCUACUUCUUUCGCUGGAUGCUGA